UCACUGCGCCCUCCAGGGUCCGGCUCCUCCGUGACCUCAGCGCACCGCGAAGCCGCUGGAAACUGCGUUUCCUGUCAAGUCUUCCCUAGGAGGACUGGGCGCCGUGAUUACGCUCCCUGCGCGCGGAGCACGCUGGGAGUUGUAGUCCGCCUCGUACGGCGUUGCAAAGUCUCCGGAAGUGGAGGCGUGGGAGGCCGGGCCGACUUGGCUCCGGGUAGCGGGACUCCACUCUGGGGCGCUACUCCCAGGCGGGUCAUGAACGGACCAGCGGACGGCGAAGUGGACUACAAAAAGAAAUACAGGAAUCUGAAGCGGAAGCUCAAAUUUCUCAUUUACGAACACGAGUGCUUCCAGGAGGAGCUCAGAAAAGCGCAAAGGAAAUUGCUGAAGGUUUCCCGGGACAAGAGUUUCCUUCUAGAUCGACUUCUGCAGUAUGAAAACGUGGAUGAAGAGUCUUCGGAUUCAGAUGCCACUGCAUCUUCAGAUAACAGUGAGACAGAGGGGACGCCCAAGUUGUCUGACACACCAGCCCCUAAGAGGAAGAGAAGCCCUCCGAUGGGGGGUGCCCCAUCUCCUUCCAGCCUCUCCUUGCCUCCUUCAACAGGAUUUCCCCUGCAGACCUCCGGGGCCCCCUCCCCAUACCUGAGCUCGCUGGCUUCCCCCCCUUACCCCCCAUUCCCUUCUGACUACCUGGCCCUGCAGCUGCCUGAGCCCAGCCCCCUGAGGCCCAAGCUGGAGAAACGGCCCCGCCUACCCCGGAAACUCAAGAUGGCGGUCGGACCCCCUGACUGCCCUGUGGGCGGGCCGCUGGCUUUCCCUGCCAGGGGUUCUGGGGCCAGUGUUGGGGCAGCCCUGACCCCCCUGCCUCCUCCCAAGAUGCCCCCACACACGAUCCUGAGCACCGUCCCUCAGCAGAUGUUCAGCGAUGCAGGCAGCGGGGAUGACGCCCUGGACGGAGAUGACGACCUGGUAAUCGACAUCCCAGAGUAGCCGCCCAGCGCUACCUGCCAGCCCCACACAGUCCUCCCGUGCCAGCCAGCACACUCCAGCCCACUUCCUCAAGAGAUGUUUAUUGAUGCUCAGUUGCCAUGCUUCGGCCACUGACACAAUCAGAAAAGGCGUAAACAUGCACAAAUGUCCCCGAGGGAGGUGGCAGGGGGCCUGCCCUCACAUCCCAGCGGCAUCCAGGGGACAUUAUUUAAAUGAGUGGCCAAGAGGCUCUGCCACAUCUUUGGGAGGCAAAGACCGUGGGGCGGCCACCCCUUUAGAAGAGCAGCUGAGCAGGGCUGGGACUUCUGAGUGAAGGCUCUGUAAUAAAGGGUUGGCUCUUU